CUUUUCAUUACAAAAACCUCCCUUUCCUUGUGCGAUCAUUGUUAGCGCCACAUCGGGCCUGUGUGAAUUGUAACUCUCGCUGUAUGAACACAGAGGAGUGCAGAAAUAAGUGGCAGCAUACAUUUUCAUUUUUUACUCCUUUCAUAUUGUUGUAAUUUUUAUAGUUUGCGUGUAGCUAGCCUAGUCACCACGAGCAAUGUUUAAAUUGCUUUUCUUAGCUGUUCUCACCGGGGCUGCAUGGGCCAGUGAUGUGCUGGAGUUUACGGAUGACGACUUUGACAGCAAAAUUGGCGGCCAUGAACUUAUUCUCGUGGAAUUCUUCGCACCAUGGUGUGGCCACUGUAAACGUCUAGCUCCAGAGUAUGAGUCGGCUGCCACACGCUUGAAAGGCAUAGUGUCACUGGCAAAGGUUGACUGUACCGCCAAUUCAAAUGUGUGCAGCAAAUAUGGAGUGAGUGGGUACCCAACCCUGAAAAUUUUCAGAGAUGGAGAAGACUCCGGGGGCUACGAUGGCCCCCGAACUGCCGACGGGAUUGUGAGCCAUCUGAAGAAGCAGGCCGGUCCCGCCUCUGUGGAAAUCAAGACUGUGGCUGAAUUUGAGAAGUUUGUUGGAGACCGCGAUGCCAGUAUUGUAGGGUUCUUUGCUGAUGGCGGAAGCUCAGCCCAGGCAGAGUUCCUGAAGUCUGCCAAUUCCCUGAGAGAGUCUUACCGUUUCGCACACACCAACGCUGAGGAGCUUCUGAAGAAACACGACAUCGAGGGAGAAGGAAUUAUUCUGUUCCGGCCACCACGCCUCAGCAACAAAUUUGAGGAGAGCAGUGUGCAGUUUAGUGAGGACAAGACCACCAGUGGAAAGAUCAAGAAAUUCAUCCAGGAUAAUAUCUUUGGAAUGUGUGCCCACAUGACUGAGGACAACAAGGACCACCUGAAGGGUAAAGAUCUGCUGGUGGCCUACUAUGAUGUGGACUAUGAGAAGAACCCUAAAGGCUCAAACUACUGGAGGAACAGGGUGAUGAAGGUGGCCAAGAGCUUUCUGGAUCAGGGAAAGAACCUGGCCUUUGCGGUGGCUAGUAAGAACAGCUUUAGCCAUGAUCUUUCAGAACUUGGGUUAGACGGGAGCUCUGGGGAGGUGCCAGUCGUCGGCAUCCGGACUUCCAAGGGAGACAAAUACGUCAUGCAGGAGGAGUUCUCGCGAGAUGGCAAAGCGCUGGAGCGAUUCCUGCAGGAUUACUUUGACGGGAAGCUGAAGCGCUAUCUCAAGUCUGAGCCCAUCCCUGAAAGCAAUGAUGGGCCAGUCAAGGUUCUGGUGGCUGAGAACUUUGACGAAAUUGUGAACGAUGACAGCAAGGAUGUUCUGAUUGAGUUCUACGCCCCGUGGUGCGGCCAUUGCAAGAGCUUGGAGCCCAAAUACAAGGAACUUGGAGAGAAGCUUAUGGACGAUCCCAACAUCGUCAUUGCUAAAAUGGACGCCACAGCCAAUGACGUUCCCUCACCAUAUGAAGUCAGAGGGUUCCCCACAAUCUACUUCUCUCCCGCUGGCAAGAAGCAGAGUCCAAAGAGAUAUGAGGGAGGCCGGGAGGUCAGCGACUUCAUCUCCUACCUGAAGAAAGAGGCGGCGCAUCCCCCCGUCGUCAUCGAGGAGAAAAAGUCCAAAAAGAAGUCGGAGUUGUAAAGCCCCUCAGUUGGCGCACUCUUGGAAGGAACCUUAAAGGAGCGUUAAAUAAAAUUCCAAUCUUUAGUGUACUGCAGAGCGAUCUGGUCCGACUCAUGACGCCCCUGUUUCGGACUAGCUGCCCUGGGAUUACGGUGGGCAGAAGGUCGUGAUGGCCCGAGGCCAUCAAUGGUAAAUGGCUUGAGGGGGAACACUUGAGAAUUUCAGUUAUUUUCCCCCCUUUUCUGUCCCUCGAAUAGAUGCACUUAUAUUUUAUGGGACCCAUUCCAGUUACAGAUCAUGUUGUUUAAUGGGGUAGCGGGGGGUGAUUGCGUGGUGUACCAUU